UCGACUAUGAAGACGCUGGCUUGUACAUCAAGGGCGAUUUUGUGAAUACGUCAAAUGGUCAAACGUUCGAAAUUCUUCCGUUCAAUUCUCGUAAUUUUAAAAAAUUUGCUGUUUACUUUUUAUGCAAAAAGGGACUUAACAUGUCAUCGACAAAACGAUAUUUUAAAAGGGAACAUUCAAUCUUUUUCACGAUGUAAAACCGACAAUGAUAGAAAUGUCUACGUUUAAUAGUGUAAGAAAAUGGCUUCAUACUUCGGUGAAUUCGGACCAGCAAAAAUCAGAGGAACACAAAAUGAACUCCAAACUCGGCAGUGAAUUAUUUCCUUACACAAGACCCUCACUUCUUGGUCUAAGUAAAGAAGCCGGAAAAGCUUCUGCUGAUCACGAAAUACGACCUAUACUUGUUCCACAAAAUACACUUUGUUUAAAUGCAGGUUAUUCUGAAACCAUCAAUGCUGGCAAGACGCAUUUGAUCAAUGAAGACCAGGCAUUUGCUGAGACAUUUUAUCUUCAUGUCAGUAGCAUUGAUAAAGACUCAAAUGAAGAUAGUAAUGAUAACUCUUAUCUUAUGAAGAGCAAACUUCCAUUCUGGUGUUUUGGUAUCUUUGAUGGGCAUGCUGGAGCUGGCGCCUCUCUUGCAACAGUCAAUCAACUGCAGCAUAUAAUAUAUGACAAACUUAAUGAAAUACAAGAUGUCAUAAAUUGCAAAGAAGAGAAUUAUACAAAAUUGCCUGUUUUACAAGGAGCUGUAUCACCAACAAUAUCAUUUGAUAAUGUUGUGACUGGUGCGUUAGAGCAAUCGUUUAUUGAAAUGGAUAAUAGAAUAAAGAAAGACAGACUGAUUCAUAAAAUAAGUGGUGGUUGUACUGCUCUUGUUUCAUUGUUCUUGAAAGACAAAUUAUUUAUUGCGCAUGCUGGUGACUCAAGAGCUGUUGUUUGCAAAGAUGGCAAACCUGUUGUUGUGACAAUUGAUCAUACCCCUGAAACAGACCGCUUUCGCCUUCAGGUUUUGGCUGCAACGAAACCAGGUCUUCUUGGAAAGGAAUUCACGCGUUUGGAAUUUCAACAAAAACCUCGCCAGAAACACAUUGGCAAAAAACUGUUUUGUAGAGAUAAGAACAUGUGUGGCUGGGCUUUGAAAGUUAUCACAGAGGAAGAUGUCAUGAAAACAUCAAUGAUAAUGGGAUCAGGAAAAGCAGCGCGUUUACUUGAAACGAUUAGCACGACGAGAGGUUUCGGAGAUUUUGAUUUAAAAGCUUCAUACACUGGGGCUCCCAUUAAGCCAUUUUUAUCUCCCGAACCUGAGGUUCAGAUAUUUGAUUUAUCAAGAGAAUCAUGUAGAGAAAAUGAUGUUCUUAUAAUGGCAACCGAUGGAUUAUGGGAACGGGUGACAAAUGAGAAAGCUUGUCAAAUUGUUCAAAAUACAUUCAUAAAUUGUGACAUUGGAGAAGAAAGGAGGUAUUGUGUUGCUGCUCAAAAUCUCGUUAUGGCCGCCCGUGGUCGAAAUACAACUCGAGGUUGGAGGAUAGCAAAAGAUGACAAAAUAUUUAUCGAUAAUCCUGAGUUGAAAGACACAGAUCCUGCGUCGUACGAUGAUAUUUCAGUUUUUGUUAUUCCUCUUUCAAAAACAUUUCAAGAAAAAACUGAAUCAGCGGAAUAUCAAUUGAAGUCAAAGAACCAAGAGACUUCUACGAAAAAAGAAACAAAUAUUAAUUAAAAAAAAUCAACUCUCAUCAAUGAUCAAUAUGUUGCAAGAAUUUCGUUUGAGUAUAGCAACAGUAAUUUUCCGAUAUUUUAUUCAAGAAUACAGAAAAAUUCUUGGAAUAAUGAAGAAUUUUAUAGUGUACGUUUACAUAAUCAUACUAAUAAGUUUUUUCACAAAGUGUCAAUUAAUGUUUCAUUUGACUUAUAAAUCAAUUAAACAACUUUAAUUGGAUGUAAUGAAAGAAAAUAAGUUUUUAAACUAAAAUAA